AUGGCUCCCAUCGAAGCCAAGCUCAAAGGAGAAACUGCCCUGCUUUCCCAUGAUCUGGUCGACGACUUGUUUCCUUCCUCGUCUCCGGACUCUGCUUCAAUCUACCAUGUUGCCAUCACUCCCUGGGCUCCGUCUACUGUCGUCGCCGAUGCAGCUACCCAGUGGGUCAUCAUACCAUGUCGAAGACUGCCUCGAGGUCACCCCGAUCUGCCGCACUCUUCAAUCAGGAUUUCGGCCUUCUCUCACGUAGCCCAGGCUCUCCAGCGAACAUUGCAUGCUCAAUCGCCUAACCGCUCUCUCCGCCCCACAUCGACCCUCGAAAUCUGUAUCACCCACGUCGUACCACUUCCUCUCGACCUAGUCUACGUUUCGCUGGACAUGACGGCCUUGGAAAAUGCCAAUGGCCCUCAAAAAAAUAAUGGGAGCGCCUCGCUGCGAGUUGCGAAGGGCGGAAAAGAGAAGCAGCUGAGAUCUGCAGCCGCAGUGGGUUCCGAGCAGAUUACUCGGGUUGUACGGGAUGCCUUGGAUACUGCUCGGGUUGUGAGAGCUGGUGACAUGUUACCUCUUACACUCCCACGUCCUCAGGCACAGGCCUCUGCAUCACCUGCUCUGAUCACAGCCUGUGAACCCGUCUCUCAGGGACUUGUAACUCCAACAACACAGAUAGUUGUCGUUUCACAAACUGAGCGUCGCACAAAAGCAAAUCGUUCUGUAACUUUCUCGCAGCCAGACGAAGAUACUGCUAACGAAGCAUUCUACACUGCCGCUGAAGACGGCGCACAUUCAUCGGCAAAUUCACCACCCACUGAUACUGUGCUGGACUCAGACUUAACUUCUGAUGAUGCUCUGUCCGAUUUGGGUGAUCUUUCGGAUGAUCCAGAUGAUAUGAUCUCUUUAAACUCGCCUUCCGUUGGAUCUCAGCCCUCGGGAAUACUUUCUGCCAGGUCGAAUGCAACUCCUGGACUCUUUGGAUCUCAGCGAGGUAUCAAUACUCCUGGAUCCGUGUUCUCGUCGAUGACGUCCACGACUAUGAGAGGUGCUCAAGGAGGACGGACCAAGACCUUCAAGACCCAAGGACUUCUUGAACGCAUUCCAGACGGCUUUCUCUAUCCGAAACCAGGCUCCCAGCAGGACGAGGAAGCUCGAGUUUAUGUCGACACGAGUGCUUUGGCAAAACUUGGUUGCUUUUCUGGUGACUGGAUCCAAUUGCAAGUAGCGGAAGAUCCUACGAGUGCAAAUUCUUUGAUGGCCUUUUUCCGAGAUCAAGAGAUGGAUGAAAAUGCUACAUGGAGGCCACUCAGAAUUUAUGGACUUCCCGAGAGCCUGUCGGUCAAGCCACAAAAGUAUCCACUGAAUAACAAAUCUAGUCGACGCGACAGCAUACCCUCAUCACACUCAAUCUCUGUCGCUCCUGCUAUCCUCUACCUAUCACCUGUUCUACUAGCCAAUCUUGGGAAUCCUAGUCACGUGCGGAUAACGUCCCUGCGCAUCGCCGAUGUCUCUAGCUUCUUACGUCCUGGACAAACCAAGUCAAGACUCCAGAGCUCAUCUCUGCCACCUACCGCCAAGGAGGUGACUCUAUCCAGGCUGUCAACGCCCCUCUCGGAGGAAAAGUCGGCUCAACCGAGUUUGUUCGCCCGACUACAAGAUCACUUCAAGCAAAAGCAGCGCAUUGUGAAGUCUGGUGAUCUCAUUGCCAUCCCAAUCGAUGAAGCAUUAGGAAAGGCAGUGUUUGAAGGAGGGGCAGCAGAUGAGACGAAUGACAUACUGACACAUCUUGAGUCUUCUUCGGGCAACAACUCCACAAAGGUCCGAUCCCAUGGUUCGGCAGUUGCAUGGUUCCAAAUCGGUGAUGUGAGUUCACCUUUAGCCAACGAUGCUCAGGAUGCCGAAGAAUCAGGACUCUGGGGAGGGGUUGUGACAAUCGACCCUGCGGAAACUAGAAUGAGUCAAUCAGGUGCACUGCAGAGAAAGCUGCCUGCUACGACACAAAACUCAUGGGAGUUCUAUUAUGGCAUCAGGAAAGUACCUAGGUCGGCCGUGAGCGGAAGUUCUCAUCUUCGUGCACCACCUAAAGAACAUGUACCAGUAUUGCAGCGGCGCAUACGUGAGCUUAUGGCAGCCGCUAUGAGUCCUCGCGCUGUCCACCUCGGUCUUCCACCUCUUGCAAUCCUCUUGACAUCAACUCAGAGAAACAUUGGCAAAGCAUAUACGGUUUCACGUGCUUGCCAUGAUCUAGGUGCUCACGUCUUUUCUGUCGAUGCGUAUGAAUUGGUCUCGGAAGGAGCUGCUGGAGGUGGAGACACCAAGACAGAGGGCUUUCUCAAAGCUAGAGCUGAACGAGGACUACAUUGUGGUGCGCAGCACACAUCGCUCUUAAUUCGUCACCUGGAAGCUCUCAAUUCAGAUCGUAUGGCUGGAGCUCUAAAAGACAUCCUGGCGAGCUGCCGUGUGUUGAUCGCUACAUCGACAGAAGUCGAUAAGAUACCUGAUGCUAUUCGUGGUCUUUUCACGCAUGAACUCGAGAUGACGGCGCCUGAUGAAGCGGAAAGAGAAGGCAUUCUCCAAUCAAUUAUCGCAAACUCAGGUCUCGUUGUUUCACCUUCGGUCGACCUGGGCUCUGUGGCAGUGAAGACCGCUGCUCUAGUCGCUGGUGAUCUUGUUGAUGUUGCCGAAAGAGCUGUACUCAACCAGGCAAUCCGCCUCGAGUCUCUAGCAGUUUCGGCUUCUGUGUCUCGCGAAGCAGCAGUUUCGGUUAGAGACAUCCAGUUAGCUGGUGGCGACUCCGCUACAUCGCUCACGUCUGCAGAUUUCGAGAAGGCCGUUGAUGAUGCCAGGAAAAACUUCGCAGACUCGAUUGGCGCGCCCAAGAUUCCUAACGUGCAAUGGUCGGAUGUUGGAGGUCUAGCCAAUGUUAAGGAGGCCGUUAUCGAGACCAUUCAGCUGCCACUUUCCCGUCCAGAGCUUUUCGCAAAGGGCCUGAAGAAGCGUAGUGGAAUCCUGUUCUACGGUCCUCCAGGAACCGGUAAAACAUUACUGGCGAAGGCCAUUGCAACAGAGUUCAGCCUAAAUUUCUUCUCUGUCAAGGGACCAGAACUACUCAACAUGUAUAUUGGCGAGUCCGAGGCCAAUGUGAGACGUGUCUUCCAAAGGGCUAGAGAUGCAAGACCUUGUUGCGUUUUCUUCGACGAGCUCGACUCUGUUGCACCAAAGCGAGGCAACCAAGGCGAUAGCGGUGGUGUCAUGGAUCGUAUCGUCAGUCAAUUGCUCGCCGAACUGGAUGGCAUGAGUGAUGGAGACGAGGGUGGUGGCGGUGUGUUCGUGAUCGGUGCUACCAACAGACCGGAUUUGCUUGACCAAGCACUGCUGCGUCCUGGUCGUUUUGACAAAAUGCUGUACCUUGGUAUCAGUGAUACGCACGAGAAGCAGCAAAGGAUUCUGGAGGCCCUUUCAAGAAAGUAA